GUCUCUUCUUUAAAGGCAGGAAUGUAAAUCCAGAGGGAUUAGUGAGAGCACACUGGGCUGUAAACCCUUCAGUAGCUCUCCAAGGGGUCUCUGCCUCAGUGCGUAAAGUUGAGACGGGGCUCCGGACGCACAGCGCAGCACUUACUAUCCCACAGGCUCCAUAUCAUCUGUCCCGGAGCGCAGAGGGGACAUGGGUCAACUUUAUGGUGCGACUCUCUUACCAUUUGGCGCUAUCUGUGUUGUUUUCCUGUGUGAAUCUGGUGCCAGCUCUAUCAGGACGACGCUUGCAGUGGACACCUCGAGAACGGAGUGUCCAGAUAAUAAGAUCUUGACCGUGGAGUAUCCCUGUGUCAGAGCUGGGGGGAAGAACAGCACUUGUUUCAGGAGGAAAUGCUGUGACGGAUUCAGGUUUGUGAUGGGCCAGUGCAUACCUGAAAGCAUCGAUGUGUGUGCAGCGUCGCCUUGUGAGCAGCAGUGUACUGAUAACUUUGGACGGGUUGUCUGCACAUGUUACCCCGGCUAUCGCUUCGACCGAGAAAGACACCGCAACCACAAAUCUCCUUACUGUUUGGACAUUGAUGAGUGCGAGCACCCAGGCAGCAGCGUGUGUGACCACGAGUGUGUGAACACAGUGGGCAGCUUUCUGUGUCGCUGCCGCAGCGGAUACAUACUGGCACCGGACCAACGCUCCUGCAUCCCUGUACACAACUUGAGUUCCUCAGGGAAGUCAGACACCCUGAUGAGUGCUGGUACCUGCUCGUUCACCUGUCAGGAUUUUAUGAACAUGAAAAACAGUCUGCUGCAGCUAAAGCUAAAGCUGGGCAACACACAGUCCCCCAACCAGGUACCUGGCCUGGCCAACAGCAGUGACAAACCGUCUCUGGGAAGGGCAGGAAAAAGUCCAGAUAGCCCUUGUCUUCCUGGUCUACCCGGCCCUCCAGGAGCUCCUGGGGUCCCAGGACAUCCAGGAGAACCGGGAAAGAGGGGAGACGCAGGGGACAGGGGCCCACCUGGCCCUCGGGGGCCACGGGGGGACAUGGGACCCAUGGGUCCAGAGCCUGACCUGAAGCACAUCAAAAGAGGCCGCAGGGGCCCGGUGGGACCCCCUGGGGCACCAGGAAGAGACGGACUAAAGGGUGACAGAGGAGCUCCAGGUCCUAGAGGUCCACCUGGACCACCCGGCUCCUUCGACUUCCUUCUGCUAAUGAUGGCUGACAUCCGCAAUGACAUAAUUGAACUGCAAGAGAAGGUGUUUGGGGAGCGGCGAGGCAUCUCUCUGGACAGUCCUCCUCAUUCCAGCGGGGAAGUAGAAUUUGUAGAGUGGGGCUCUGGACAGGGAGACCUCAUGCUCAAUACCUGACCUUUGACAUCCCUCUCACAGUAACAGUCACUCAAACCCAGCAAAACAAACACCAAACUUGACUCUUUGUUUCUUUCUUGAUAACGGAUGCUGGUGGUCUAAGUGCCAACAUGUAAAUCAUUUCUAAACUCACAGCUGGGAUGAACUGAGCAAGGAGCCUUGAUUACACUCUCAACACUGCCACAGACAGUAAAACAGAGAGGCAGAAGGAUUAUAAAAACAGAAAUUGGACCACAGACUCUCUUAACCACUGCAAGCACUGCCUGGCUGCCUCUCAUAUGCUGUGGUGUGACUGAGGGAUGUGUGUGCAGGACAUAGAGUGAGAAUGAUGCAGUGUGCGCCUUUAUGUCUGAGCCUCUGAGCUGAACCACUUCAAACGAUGAGCUUUAUCGUCUACAUCUCUUCCUCUUCCUGAGUCUGUCCAUGGAGGCACUGCUGCCACUGACAGUUUGCCUGCAGGGCACUGGUACAAAGACCCAGGACCCGCACCGUGAGUCUCCCCUGCACCUGUCUGCAGUAUCCAGCCCUCAAGUCGGAGCUCUGCAGCUACGCUUUACUCUGAGGCAUCUUCAGAAACUCAUUCAUGAGAUUCAAGAGUAUUACAAUCUCAGUCCUGUUCACAAAAACAGCCAUGCCUGGUGUAUUUUUGGUGUAGAUUGUACAAUAAACAAACCAUCUUAAUAAAAUCCAAGAGAGAUGUAAAAUAUGUCAGACAUCCAUAUCUGCUGCUUAUGAAUAACACCCAGUAUUAAAUAUUACUAUAUAAUUAUUAUUAUUAUAAAAGAUUGUAGAAAAUCAAAACAUUAAAUUAAAAGAAGAUAAUGGAUUUAUGUAUUGGAAAAGGCAGAUAAUCACUUUUAUAAUAUCCUUUUUAUAACCAAUAUAUCAUCAGGUAAGUAACUGUGAAUAUAUUCCCCCACAUUCACUUGGGAGUUGACCAUAAACAAGAGACACAAAGAAGGAAGGCUGCUUGAAAGUUUUUUCAGUUUUUUUUACUGUGAAGCAGCUGCCAACAAGGAUCAAUUCAUUGUUUGUCAAAAUCUAGAUUUGACCUUUUUUAAUGUUUAUUUUUUGUUAAUGGAUCAUCAAAUUGCAAAGAAGUAAUAAACGUUACAUAUUUUAUUCAUU